AUGACUUCCAAAGAAGAGCCCAAGCCCUCCUCGGGGGAAGAACGGCGGCGGAGCCCCUUGGAUCACCUCCCACCGCCGGCCAACUCCAACAAGCCCCUCACCCCCUUCAGCAUCGAGGACAUCCUCAACAAGCCCUCUGUGCGGAGGAGYUACACCCUCUGCGGAACGGCCCACCUCCUCUCCGCCGCCGAGAAGCACCCCCCGGCCGGGCUGCCCCUCUCCGGCCGGGCGCUGCUCUCYCAGACCUCGCCCCUCUGCGCCCUGGAAGAGCUGGCCAGCAAGACCUUCAAGGGGCUGGAAGUCAGCGUGCUGCAGGCGGCCGAAGGCCGGGACGGAAUGACCAUCUUCGGGCAGAGGCAAACGCCGAAGAAGCGUCGGAAGUCGCGGACGGCCUUCACCAACCACCAGAUCUACGAGCUGGAGAAGCGGUUCCUCUACCAAAAAUACCUGUCGCCGGCGGACCGGGACCAGAUCGCCCAGCAGCUGGGGCUCACCAACGCCCAGGUCAUCACCUGGUUCCAGAACCGCCGCGCCAAGCUCAAGAGAGACCUGGAGGAGAUGAAGGCCGACGUGGAAUCGGCCAAAAAGCUGGGCCCCAACCCCGCCGUGGACAUCGUGGCCUUGGCCGAGCUGGAGCCCAGCGCCGAGGGAAGGGGCAAGGCACGGCCCGGGUCCCCGCCGCCGCCCCCCGCCGCCGCCCGGGAACGGGCUGCGUUGGCACCCUCCGGGAUGUCYCUGGAAUCUGGCUGUCCCUUCUGCAACGAGGGGCGGUACUUUCGACGUGCGCACCAGAGGCCCUUCGCCCUUCUCGUCCAGGUGACACGAGGAGGCGGCAGCAGGUAUGACGUCAUCGACUCCCACGGUGACUUCAUCACCCGUCCCACCAAAAGCAAGUGGCCGUCGGAAAACAGCCCUCGAGGGGGCUGCCGUCAGCGCCGAGCUAAGGGGGGCUCCGGUCCUCGCCCCUACCCCGGCCUCUGCUCGCCCCUUUCCUUGCCCAUCGCGCCGCGCUCCCUCCGCAGCACUGCUCGCUGA